AUGCAGACGCUAAAUCAUAUACCAACAAACCAAGAGAAAGACCAACAUCAAGAUGGAUUGAAAUUCUUCGUAGCUGCUGUCUCCUUCGCCUUGCUGGCUUACGUUGCUGCUGAUGUUUCGCAUCUUGGUGGCGGCUAUAAUUAUCCCGCUCCUGUGCACGAGGCAGUUCAAUCGCAACCAAUUGUUCCACAAAAUACCUACCUUCCACCACCAUCCCAAGGUUACAGCUAUCCAGCUCCAGUGCAUGAGGAAGUAAAAUCAGAGCCGAUUGUUCCACAGAACACCUACAUUCCUCCACCACCACCACCACCACAAAACACUUACAUCCCACCAGCUCCAGUGCAGGAAGCUGUGCUCUCGGAGCCGAUUGCACCACCACAGAACACCUACAUUCCACCACCAGCAGCACCACAGAACACCUACAUCCCACCACCAGCUCCCGUUCAAGAAGCUGUGCUCUCUCAGCCAAUUGCUGCUCCUCAAAACACCUACCUUCCUCCAACUUCUUCGCACGGUCAGGAUGGUUAUCGUUACAAGACCGUUCGACGUGUUGUCUAUAGACGCCGUUUCUAA